AUGAGGUUUAAUAGGGAGGCUGCUUUCUUUAAGCUAGUAAUAUAUCUAGUUAAGGUCUCUUUAAGUCCUAUAGCACCUAAUUCUAUAUUACCAGUUUAUACAGCGGUAUUAGAGGAGGGACAAGUUCGUGAAGAAUUGCUUAAGGUGAUCAAGAACGUUAUUAUCAAGGAGAUUAUGACGCGGCUGGCGAACAGCCCUUGCACACGCGUCGCUUCAGCCGUCGCUAAUAUACCCCAAGAUAAGCGACUCAUCGCUUUGCCCCCAGCACCCUUCACUCCAAUCAGUCUCAUUGCCCUGAUUGCUAUCGGCACCGUCUCCCAACCUGUCGUCGUCUUAACCAAGUCGACCAUCCGAUUAAUCAGCGCUUUUGGCAUUAACCAACAGUUGGCGCUCAUUCUCGUUUUGACUGAUGCCGAACCUUGA